UCUCGUGAACAUCUUUUUCCUCCUACAUUCAUGUUACCAGGUGAAACUAUCCCGUGCAUCGAAAAACGCACCGGGGAGGGCGCUGAUGAAGAGUGCGCUAUGAUGCAGGAGGAAGAAUGGGAAGUGCUUCAGGUGUGUUCCAAUGAAAUGUAUGGGAUUAAGAGCUGAUUGCUGAACGAGCAGUCAAUCUACCCAGACGUGUGUGUAUCCAAUGAUGUUGGUCCCUCGGGACGUACGAUCAAGCUCGAGAUCCCAAUAGCGCUCUCACCCGCACGAACCGUCACCAUACCCGAUGCACCUCACUCCCACGCUACGAGCCCGCUUACUGCACUUCCGCCUUUCCUGCUUGCAUUGAUUCUUCCACCCCAGUACCCAUUACAUGCACCACCGUGUAUCACGGCGCUGACGAGUACACAUGCAUGGUUUCCCACCAGCAAGAUCCGCGACCUGCACACGCUCCUCGCUAGUAUGUGGACGCGUGAAGGCGUUCUGUACGCCUGGGUAGCAUUCCUCAGUGGAGACGAGUUCUUGGACUCGUUGAGUCUCUCUUCUAAAAGCCACAUCACCAUCGUAAACCACUCCCCUUCGACACUGCUGCCGCUCCUCGAGUCCUAUGACGCGCACACCCAAAAUGCCGCAUUCGCUGAAACAUCCUAUCCCUGCGCAAUCUGUCUCUCUCCAUAUAAAGGAAGGCAUUGCGUCCGACUUGCGUGCGCUCAUGUAUUCUGCCGCUCGUGUCUGACAGAUUUCUGGGGUUCGUGUAUUAUGGAGGGAGAUAUCGGUCGCGUCGGGUGUCCUGAUCCUGGCUGCGUGAAAGCAGGACACGAGGCUGGCGAGGAGGAUGUGAUUAGAGUUGUUGGUGAGGAAGAAGUGAGAAGGUGGAAGUGGCUUAGAACGAAAAGGGCGUUAGAACGAGAUCCUGGGAUGGUGCACUGUCCUGUAGCGUUCUGCCAGACGCCUGUGCCGAGUCCAGAGGUGGAUGAUGAUGAUAGUGGGUGGGCGCGGCUACGUACGUGCCCGACAUGCGAGUAUGCAUUUUGCGCGUUUUGUAGGAGAACAUGGCAUGGGCCGAUCAGUGCGUGUCCGUUACGAGUGACGGAGAGUUUCGUGGAGGAGUACUUGGGGCUACCAGAAGGAGAUGCUAGGCGAGCACAGAUUGAAAGACGGUGGGGUAGAGGUAAUGUGAAGAGGUUGGUUGCCAAGUACGAGGAGGAGAGGAUGAACCGGGAAUGGAUGGAUAAUUGUACUAUGGGAUGUCCUGGAUGCGGUGUUCACGUGGAGAAGAGUGUGGGGUGUAAUCAUAUGACUUGUGCCAAGUGCAAACAACAUUUUUGUUACUUGUGCGGUGAAAAGUUACCACCUUCUGAACCAUACAAGCAUUUCAACACUCCUGGCAAGAAAUGUUUCUCAAAGUUAUUUGAAGAAGAUUUAUUUGAUUGGGUAGUGUAGUCUAGACUACGUUGGUAGACUAUGAUUAGUCUAGUCGACGUUGGUCU